CGAACCGGAAGUAUUGCAGUUCUGCUACCGGUAGCUAGCUAGCUAGCUAGCUAACUAGCUAGUUAAUUAGUUAGUUAGUUAGUUAGUUUGUUGUUGUUGCUUCAGCCACAGCUGCUGAAUUAGCUAUUCCCUUCUGCUUCUGUCGAGUUCGACACAUCGGUGACUAGCUGUCGGAUGGUGACCAGAGCAGGGACUUGGUUAAAACGAAGCCAGGCAGCCUAAAACUAAAGUGCACUGACGUUUAUUUGCUAGUUAAAUUAGCAGCCUCAUCCACUAGCUAACUAACUGUUAACCUUGAUAGAUAUCCCCACUUGUCUGCUAACAGCCUAGCUAACUCAGCCAAGCUAGCGGUACCUAGCACCGCUACCAGUUCACUUGAAGUGAUGCAACUGAGGUGUAUCCAUUGUUGAACCAUCAUGAUGGCAGGUUCCCAGUGGGAGCUUCCUCCAGAGCUAUGUUGUCGGCCCAUGGCCUUUGUGGCUUUAACCGGUCUGGAUGUGGUCUACAAUGCUGUGCACCGGGCCAUUUGGGAUGCCUUCUGUGCCAACCGGCGAGCUGACAGAGUUCCUAUCUCCUUCAAAGUCCUCCCAGGAGACCAUGAGUACCCCAAAUGUCGCACUAAGCGAACGUCCUAUGAGUGGUACAUCCCUAAAGGCAUCCUGAAAACAGGUUGGAUGAAUAAACAUCUGAACCUCGUACCAGCUCUGGUUGUUCUCUUCUAUGAACUGGACUGGGAUGACCCACAGUGGAAAGAGAAACAGUCUGAAUGUGCAACUAAAGUGGAGAUUGUCAGGACCAGUCUUCAGGGCAGGAACACCAAGGUGGCUGUGGUUCUAAUCCAAAAGAAAACUCCUCUACCUCCAGGAGAGGACCUGGUAGCAUCAGAGAGAGCAGCAGCUCUUUGUAAUGCCUGCGAUCUGUCUGGCAAGAGUCUCUUCGUACUGCCACACACGGACCACUUGGUGGGGUACAUUAUAAGGUUGGAGAAUGCUUUCUAUGAACAUGCUCAGACAUACUACUACACUGAGAUCCGUCGAGUCAAAUCACAUAAAGAGUUCCUCAACAAGACAACACAUCAGCUGCUGUUUGUCAGACACCAGUUUAAAAUUGCCUUCUUCAGUGAGCUGAAACAGGACACCCAGAAUGCUCUCAAGUACUACAGAACUGCAUACAGUCUUGUUCACGAGCUCAGAGCUCAUGAGACCAACAUAUUGGAGAUCAAAACUAUGGCUGGAUUCAUCAACUAUAAGAUCUGUCGUCUGUGUUUCCAGCAUAACACUCCUCUAGAUGCUAUAGCCCAGUUUAGGAAGCACAUUGAUCUGUGUAAGAAGAAGAUCGGCAGUGCCGAACUGGCCUUCGAACACGCCGCAUGGAUGUCUAAACAGUUCCAGUCAUUUGGUGAGCUGUUUGAUGAAGCGAUAAAGUUGGGUCUGACUGCCAUCCAAACCCAGAACCCUGGUUUCUACUACCAGCAAUCUGCCUGUUACAGCCAGGACAGGAAACAGCUGGCACAGCAGCUUUGCCAGGCUGGAGCGAGUUAUCCCUCCCCCGAACCAUUGGACACCCAGAGUGGAGGACUGGAUUUCUAUGGCCAGAGACCCUGGAGACAAGGACACCAGAGUAUUGAUCCUCCAGAUGCAGAGAAGGAGAAGACAGGGAUUCUGGCACUGCAGAUUAAAGAGAGAGAUGUACCACAUUCUGAGCUGAUAAUAGCACUUCUCAGUAAUGCUGUUGCCCAGUUUAAAAAGUACAAGUGCCCUCGAAUGAAGAGUCACCUCAUGGUGCAGAUGGGAGAGGAGUACUACCAUGCUAAAGACUACACCAAAGCCCUAAAGCUGUUGGACUAUGUGAUGUGUGACUAUCGCACAGAGCGAUGGUGGGGCCUCCUGACAGCCAUAUUGACCACAGCUCUGCGCUGUGCUUAUCUGAUGGCCAGUGUUAAAGACUACAUCAUAUACUGCAUGGAGCUGCUGGGCAGAGCUUCAACCUUGAAGGAGGAACAAAAGUCGAGGAUUGAGAAGAAUCUCAUCAAAGUCCUGAUGAACGAGGUCCCUGACGCUGAGCCAGAGUGUGAUCCGUCUUCUGUCAGUGCAGCCAGGUCGCUGUGGAACGACCGCAUGGCUUUGGCCGGAUCAAAUGAGCUCACUAUAGAAGUGCAGGACUACAUCCCAUUCAUCCAGUGUAAGGCCAAGUUCCAGUCUCCCAGUUUCCAUGUAGACCAGCCCAUCCAACUCCAAGUUUUCCUCCGAGCCGACUGUCCUCAUCCUGUAUCAUUCAACAAGCUGGCUGUCAGCCUCAGUAACCAGGAGUACAACCAGUGGUGUGUGGGGGAGUCUUCAGGUCAGGAGAGUAUGAGCCUGUUGCCAGGAAAAACCAAAUGCUACAACUUCAGCUUUGUAGCGAAGGCCGAAGACGUUGGCAAGAAGAUAGAGAUGACGGGCAUUGAGGUGAUGCUGGGCAGUGACAGUGGCCGCUGUGUGUUUGUGAGCUGGAGAGGGGCUGGUGGAGAUGCAGCCUCUACCCAUGAAGCCUUGCAGGCUAGCAGGUCAUCGCGUCGAUGGGGGCGGUGUGUGGAGGCACGUCAAGAGCUGGACUGGGACAGCCUGACCAUGCAGCACAGUACCAUGAUCAUCUCCAGAGUCCCAAAGAUCUCUGUCCAGCUGAGCCACCAGCCUCCUGCACUCAACAAUGAAAUGUACUACAUCCGCCUCACUGUUCAAUCACAGGAGGAGGGCGUGGCAAAGGAUGUCAAACUGACAGCUGGCCUCAAACCAGGCCAGGAUGCCAACCUAGGCCAGACCACGCAUGUGACACUCGAUGGCUCAAAGAUUUGUGACGACACUGCACCUGCCCUGCUCCCUGAUGUACCUCUAGGAGAUCUGAAACCAGGCGAAAAGGUGGAGAGAUGUGUAUAUGUGAAGUGUGUGGCAACUGGACCAAGGGUCUUCCUGUUCCAUCUGGCCUACAGCAUUGAUACCACAGUGGAAGGGCGUCAAAUUGUCUGCAAAUGUCAUAAGGUAAAGAACCUCAUCAGACCGGCAAACACAGUGUUCUUUCUUUUCUCAUCUGCUUUCCUCCUCUCUUGUUCUGUUGUCUUCCAGGAUGAGACUGUUACCAUAGAGACAGUGGUCCCAUUUGAGGUGUCUGUCAAGUUUGUGUCCACCAAGUUUGAGCCAUUGGACCGGAUAGCGGUGGACAUACCUUUCCUGUUGAUGACAGACAUCCUCUCAUCGUCUCCCUGGCCUCUUCUGCUGGCCUCCUCCUCUCUGCAGCUGCUUACUAUGACCAGCAACACACCACAGCUUCAGUCACAGCUACAGGAAGUGGUUCUGCAGACAGGCGAGUGUGCCAGUGAGUGUUUCUGUCUCCGGUGUCCACCACUGACCAGCAGUAAUAGCACUGUAGCUACAGGACAGUACCUGAUAUCAUGGAGGAGGGAGUCCUCCAGUGCAGACAGUCCUCUCAUCCAAACUACUGUCACUCUACCUCAUGUCAUCCUGGAGUUUGUUCCUCUUUACAUCCGCGCCGAUUUACCAUCAUUUGGGCGAGUCAGAGAGUCUCUUUCAGUUCGUUACCACAUAGAGAACAGAACAGCUCUGGUGCAAGAGGUGGAGAUGGCUGUUGAACCUUCUGAUGCCUUCAUGUUCUCUGGACUCAAACAGGUGCGUCUGCGUAUCCUUCCUGGCUCAGAGCAGCAGAUGCUGUAUAACUAUUACCCGCUGAUGGCUGGUUACCAAACACUACCACAGCUCAACAUCAGCCUGCCCCGCUGCCCGACCACCAACACACACACACUGAGACGCUUCCUGCCCCAACGCAUCUUUGUCAAGCCUCAGGGUCGACAGCUGGAUGAUGCCUCCAUUGCGGCAGCUUGAGAAGAACACAAACUGUUUACUGUAAAUAUGAGAACAAAGCAACAUGUAAGUUGUUCUAGAUGUAUGAUUCCUCACAGAUGACAAUAUUAACACUAUUUGUUUCACAUUGUUCUGUAAAAACACACCAGGAAAACUAUUGACCAAACAUCAGGAGACAUUUGUUUGUGUGUUUCUGUUCAGAGCGAAUGUGAUGACCAGAUGAGCAUGACAGUGAUGGUCAUUUAACAGUGAAAAUCAUGUAUGAAUCUGAUGUGAACUAUAUGGAAAUUUGGAUAGAGUGUAAUACAUCAAAAUUGAAUGUGACGAAAUUUGAAUUAAAUUGAAGUGAUGUAAACUA